UGAUUUAUUGAUGGAGAGAGGGAUGAAUUGAAGACCCCGUUGCGUUGCGAUGGGGGACUGGAGCUUUGCCGGCGGAGUGAAGGCGAACCCGGAGUUGUAUGCACGGUACGAGGUGCUGGAGAGGUUGGGGGAAGGGACGUAUGGGGAGGUGUACAAGGGGCAGAGGAAAUCAGAUGGGCUCGUGGUGGCUCUGAAGGAGACGCGCGAUCCGCAGUGCGCGGCGCGGGAGGUGGAGGCCCUAUUGGCAUUGAACCAUCCGAAUGUAGUGAAGUUGAUUGAGUAUUUCGUGCAGGGUCCCAACCUGAUUCUUGUGCUGGAGUUUCUGCCUUCGGACUUGUACCGGGAGUUGGACGGGAGAGAUGGCCGGAUAUCGGAACCGGAAAUCAAGGGGUGGAUGCUGCAGAUUCUGCGCGGAGUGGCGGCAUGUCACCGAGCUUCCAUACUCCAUCGGGAUUUGAAGCCUUCCAAUUUGCUGGUUGGCGCGGAUGGGAGUGUUAAGGUUGCUGACUUCGGUCAAGCCAGAGUGGUCAAUCUACAAACAGACGAUUUGUUAGUUGAAAACCCUUUCGAUGGAACAUGCUCCCGUCAGAUCUUUGGAGAAUCAGGACGUAUGAUUAUGAAUGCCAGCAAUCAUGGCCAUGGAUACCAGGACGAGCCUCCCUCAGUGCAAAAUUUGCCUUCGCCCCUCCAUAACCACGAAAUACCGAGAAAUGAGGAAGUGACUGUGGAAGAUGAAGAGACCGAAAAGGCUGUGCGGGUUUUAUGUUUGGAGAGAGUGCACAAUGGCACUGAAGGUUAUAUAAAAGAGGUUGAAUGUGCUGAAGAGGGUAGUGCACCUCGUAGGCCAGAAAAGGAAGGUACCAUUCGUUUCUGGGAUGGGGACCGAGAAAGGUGGGAAUCUCCUUAUGCCAGUGAUGAAGACAAGGGAGUUGAAGAUCCUCUCAAUUCAAAGUGGUUUCCUGCUGACAGUGAUAAUGUUAGGCAAGCUGCAAAUGGCUUGUUUUUUGAUGAUGGCUCCUGUCCAGCUGAACCAGUUCCAGGUUACUUUGCAUUUGGAGACGCUGAAAUUGAGGAUAGUGACCAAGAGGAAGGUUAUUUGGCGUGUCAGACAGGCUGGUAUGGACCUCCCAAUGUUCGUGAUUUAUAUGUGAAGGGAAUACCCGAGGUUGGCGAAGCGACCUCCCAGAAUGAAUAUGUUGAUGAACAUUCAAGAGAGGCAUUUGAGCCGUACAACGAUGAAAAUAUGUAUAAACCUGAAGCCCGCAGUCAGCACGAGGACACACAAUCUACGUAUUCAGGUGAAAGUGGGAACAAGGGGUCGGAUUUGAGUCCAUUUGUAGGAACGCGGUGGUACAAAGCUCCAGAGUUACUCUAUGGAGCAGUUAAGUAUGGUGAAGGGCUGGAUAUGUGGGCUAUCGGUUGCAUAUUUGCUGAGCUUCUUAGUGGGAAACCUCUAUUUCCGGGCGUUACUGACAUCGAUCAGUUAAGCCGGAUCGUGCGAGUGCUUGGAGCUCCAAAUGAUAUUGUCUGGCCUGGCGUAUCAUCGUUACCGGAUUUUGACAAAAUUUCAUUUUCAGACCAACGGGAUCUUCUUUCUUUCCGGAAGCUCAUCCCCCAAGCAUCUACAUCAGCAUUGAAGUUCCUUGAGAAGUUUCUUGUUUAUGAUCCUGAGCGAAGACUUAGUGCAGAGACUGCACUCAAGGAUGUUUAUUUUCUGGAAGACCCAUCGCCUGUUCCUGGGGAUUUGAAAAUGCCAAGCUUCAGGAGAGACAGCAGCCCUUCAGAGGAUUGGGGAGAGUGGCGUGACCCGGGUUCACCUUUUUCCGACUUUGAGAUAUUGGAUUCAGCUCCCUAGGUAGAUACAAUUAUGUACAUUCGUCGUCAUAGGAUUGUAUAGUUUCCACUUCGGAAUUUGAGACGUCGCUAUAUAAACAGCGCGGUCCCAAACCAAAGAACACAUUUGGUAUAUAAAUUUUAUGAAUCAAUCUAUGGAUUCAAUUAAUCCAGUAGAGUUGGUAUCACUGUCUUAAUAAAUAUUUAAUUUAUCAAAA